ACAUGGAUGUCCGAUAGAUCUCUGAAAUCACACAAGUUUAAAGUCGUGUCGUCUUCGGACCUUGCCGACACGCCAAGUCCCACAAUUUAGUGACACGAUCCACUCGGUCCACACUCAACACACACACAAACAAAAUGGCCAGCAUUGCCCAAGACGCUCCGGCAAACUCGGUGCCCGCCGGCCUGCCAACAAAGUCGGACACCAUGCAUGUGGGAGCAGAUCCGCCCCAGCUGGCCCCAGUUGCUUCAGCCUCAGGCGCAGUGGCCGUGGCCUCUGAAAUUCCCACAUCGCCGAUUUUGGCGCCUCGACUACCGUUCACUGACGCGCCACGACAGCAAGACGCAAUGUGCGGGGCCAUUCCUGGUGCAAGCGCUGCGCACGCUUACUCUGAUCCAAGCGCUUCGCCCACCCUGUCGACCAUCUCGCUGUCGUCCUCGUUGGCAGUGCCAACCUCUCAUAACGCAGCCGACGUGCGGUACCACAAGCGCUCGUCAGACUCGUUCUCGUCCAUGUAUUCUGAGGCCGACGCCUCUGCCAACGGCGGCGCGUCCGGCCAUCCGUCCGUCGACAACGACACAACAAGCCAGCACGACGAACCAAUGGUCUCGCGAGUUGGAACAGAUGCCACCACCCCCUUCACUCUGCCCUCCGGUACCGUGACUGCCGGAGCUUCCACCCUGGAAAAGUGGAGCAGCGACGCCGCCCUUUCCGUCCCAGAUGCCCUGCCAACGCCGCACACGGGCACUCGACACCGUCGGCAGACGCCGCCGCACCGCGCCGCGCUCAUCUACGAGCGUGACAGCGAGCAUGCAGGCAUUGUGUUUGGCUUCCCAUCCCCAGUUUUGCAGGCUCAGAGUCAGAGCGCUGCCGGCGACGACCCCAAAGCACAACGGCGAAUCGCAGCCAACCAGCACCUUCGGGUCAUCAGCAGGCAGUACUGCGCGCUCGGCGAUGGUCGCUUCAUCACCGAUGUGAUUGGCGCGCUUCGCCGCUCCACCUCUCACCACGGGGCGGGCUCGAAUGGCAGCAAGUUUGCCUCCAACUCGCAAGCCGCAACAACAUCCACCAUGCGUGAUCCCUCGCGCGUCGCCCGCGCUGCAGCAUUGACGCGCGCUCGCCUCGGCUACAGCGAUGGUGCUUUUGGAGCCGACUCUACCCCUGACGCAGAGUCCUAUCGCCCUGGCCGAGGGAUGGAUGCCCAAGCCCUUCAAAAUCUGCCCACUGCCGCAACGUCAGUCUCGCUGUAUUCUCCCGCCCGGUCUCUUCCGCGCUUCGGCGGGCUCGAUAGCAACAGCUCGAGCAACAACACCAACGGCAUGGACACCACCGCAGACAGUCAUCUCCGGGGCGGUGAGGGCUAUUAUUUCGCCGACUCGGACGAAGAGUCGCCCCCAGGAGCAGGAGCGCCGCACCUCGCGCCGACUGGGCCCCAUCCCUAUCCCAUGUUCCACGGCAUGCUCGCGUACGGCGGUGAAUUGAGCUCUGCCGUGUACGGAGCGAGCGGUAUGGGCGGCUAUGUCGCAUAUCCAGGAGCCGGUCACAGGAGCAUGGCUGCUGGUGGAGACUCUGAGGGCGAGGAGGACGAGGACGAGGAAGAGGACGAUGAGAACGACUACUUUUCAAUGCCGGCCUCUGCGCCAGCGCGCAAGCGUCAGCGAUCGAGCAAUUCAGUGUCCUCGGUGAACUCGCAGUCAUCCACGCACCGCCGCAUCCGCACAGCCAACCCCAACAAGGAGUGCGCAUCGUGUGGUACGCGCAAGACGCCCAUGUGGCGUGACGAUGCAGACGGCGUGCCUCUCUGUAAUGCUUGCGGCAUUCGGUACAAGAAAAACAAGAGCAAGUGCUCUGCAUGCAAUUACAUUCCCCGCAAAGACGACAGCACGGAGAUUUGCAAGCGUUGCCACGGCAAGAUUGCCUCCAACAAGAACAAGCCGCUGUAUGCUCUCUCUUAAAACUGCAUCCGAAUCAUUGGGGUUGAUUUGCUUUCGUUUCCGUUUUGGUUUUGGGAUUUUGGUUUCUCUCAAGCGCUGGCUCUUGAGUUUCGUUUCCGGCUCUCUUGGAGCCCCCCCCCUUCCCUUGUAAAUAUCCGAAGCAGCCAUCCCGCACGUCAUUCCGUGUGACCUUCAACCCAGCUGCCCCCUCUCUCUCGCUCAUCCUUCCGCACCCAGUCAAAAACAAAUCCCGUUCGUUACUUAUCUCUCUCACUCCUGUACAAAGAUUUCGCAUGAAAAUUUUUGCUGGUGGUUUCUACACUUGCAUUGUCGAUAGCCCCCUGCCUCGGUCCCUGUGCAGCUUUGAGUCUGUCUUGUUAAUUUCGCUCCCGUUGUACCCUGUAUAUUUUUCUCGUUUGUUUUGGUUUUGUUGUCGCUUGUAUGGUCCAAUUUUCCCGUUGGUCGCAAGGAUUGUACAUUUUGCUGUUUGUUUUUUUGUUAAUAACAUGUGCA